AUGGCGCGGGCCGGGCUUUUGGCCAGCGCGGCAGCCCUGGCGAAGCUCCACCAGGGAUCCCUGGCACGCUGUGACGCGCCGCCGCCGUCGCCCGCGGCCAGUCUCAAAGGCGGAACUUGUCCGCGCAGCGGCCUGCGCUACUUCGCGGCCCGGAGCCGGCCGCCGGAAGCCUCCUCGUGUCGCAGCGCGGCCCUGGAGGCGUUGCAUGCCUUUGCUCUGGCCGAAAGCCACGGGAAAGACGGAGGCGAGGCAGCCUCGAAAGCGGCGAAGGCUCUGCCCGUGCUCACAGCGCGGGCGUUUGCCGAGGGUGUUGCUCAGGUGCCCCACUGGGUCUGGACCGGUCCUGACGGAGCUCUGCUGGAGGAGGAGGAAGCUGCUGCCAGAGCAUGGGCGGAGGCCCUUAGUGUGGCCUUCGCCCGCUGCGACGAAGAGCUGGGGGAGGAGCCGGUCUCAGCCGUGCUGUGCAUCGUUGCAAGGAGUGGAAUCUACAUCUCCAGCGUUGGCAUUUCGCGCUGCGUCAUCGGAACGGAGGCAGACCAGGGUGACACAGUCUACUGCGACGAGGCAUCCGUGCCGCAUGAUGCCAACAACGCCGCCGAGCUCGCGCGCGUGAAGGAUGCAGGUGUCGCAGUCGUGCCACCAGUGCUACGUUUCCUGGGCGGCAGGAUGCGCAAAGCAUCGCAGCCAGGCCUCAUCAGCCUUCCGGACGUGGUUCGGGCCAGGCACCCUCUCGCGGGCCGAUGCUUCGUGUUGCUCGGCACGUCGAAUCUCUGGACGAAGGGCCCUCGCUUGCCGGUGCACUGGGCAGUGCAGGCCUUCCGCGAAGGGUCAUGUCCGGCCUCCGCAUGGGUUCGCCGAGCUGGUGUCGGAGAGGAGGAUGCGGCGGCCAUGGUGCUGGUGCUUCCCCCUGGCUUGGCAGAAGAGGACAGCCCGCUGCCCAACCACGGCGAUGUGACAUGA